AUUUUCUGAGAUUUUUAAUCUGCAAUAUACCGGUCAGCCGGUACCGUUUCUCAAAAGCGAAGUUGAUUUCAAUUGAGAUAAAUAUGUCGCCGGAUGAGAACAGAAGGGGUCUAAGUCACAUUUUUUAACAUUUCACUUUUUCCAAUAUUUACAAUCAAUAAUAAAAAUUUUAGCUGGACUUACUGACUUAGGUCCUUAAUAUUUUCUAGAAGUUAGAAACAGAAUGGGCCAAAGUCCUUUUUGGGGGGGAAAAAAACAUAAAAAAAAUAUUGAUUACAAAGAUAUUCUCAUCCACACAUAACCAGAGAUCAGGUCUUUACUAAGUGUAAAUAUCUAGAUAUUCAAAAAAAGAAAUUCAAAAUGGUUUUUUGCGUUUUGCUCAAAACUCAAAAUUGUGACUUAAACUUGCCUGUUCUGUUCUCAUCCGGCGAUGUGUUGUCUUGACUAUAAUGAUUGUUAGGCAGUUAUUGGUACGUAACAGAUUGUGUGUGAAUUGUUUCAACUCGCACAGUUUGCCAAAUAAUAGUCGUGUUUCAGAGACAAAUAAUGUCUUCGAUUUAUUGAACUAUAUUUUGGGACAUUUUGAAAUCAAGAGAACUGUGUCCUACUAGGUUCCAUAUUUCAAUCAUCAGAUAAUGUUAACAGGUUAAAAUAGACUUCUAUUACUGUAUUAUGAAAUAAUGCCUCAAUUUAAAAGCAAUGCGGUAGCGUACCACACAGAUGCUGAUAGCAGACACAACUUUUGGUAUCGUGGAAUUCUUAUUGGGUUUCUUUUGCUGACUUGAACUUCUCCAAGAUUUGCAUCAACCAAUUUUCUACAAUAUUUCAUUCCCUUGGAUAUUGCUUGGACCCCGGCAUACGUGCUUUCGAAUGAAUUCUCUCUUCAUUUAAAAAUGGCGACAAUUUUUUACGAAUGCAUGAGUGGAAUAUUCAGUUCCUCAUGUUAUUUUGUGAUCUAUGGAUUUUUGGUUUACGUCACAAUUCCGCUGAUUUUCAAGAUUUACCCAAAAAUCGUCUUUGAAGGAUUAUUUCUCAACAGAGUCUGCCCACCUGUAUGGUUACUGAAGCUGAACAAACCAGACAAAGCCUACAAUCUUAAAGAGAGCAAGAACUGCUAUGUGAGGUCUUCGAGUGGAAGUACUUUAGGCGUUUGGCAUAUUCCGCCAGUCACUCAGUACGAUACUCCAGAGGUCAAAUCAGGGUCAUUACAAGACGCUGAGAAAAUCAUCAUUUAUUGCCAUGGCAACUCGUUUCAUCGUGGUUUCAAGCAUCGAAGAGAUUUAUAUUCAGAGCUGCAGAAAUCAGGAUUCCACAUCAUAUUUGCGGACUCUACCGGUCAGCCGAGUCCAACAAGAGUCGUGGAAGAUGCAAUUAGCGUGUAUAAGUGGACGGUCAAGCAGCUCCAGAAAGAAGAUGUGACAAUCGUGCUUUGGGGUCAUUCACUCGGCACUUACAUCAGCACGAGGGCGCUAUCGCUCAUGUACGACAGGAAAGAUGGCACUCGACUCCCAGACUGUCUGAUACUUGAAGCUCCGUUCACGAAUACAUAUGAUGCUGCAGACUGCUUCCCACUAUCUAAGUAUUUCUAUCUGCUCUAUCCCUUCAUGAGGUCUCAGGUUCACAAGAAUAUCAAACAAUAUGACGUAGAGCUCAGGACUGAGAAGUAUCUGCCGACAAUAAAGGCUCCUGUUAUGAUCCUACACGCUAAAGAUGAUCAGAGAAUCGACAUUCAUCUUGGUGAGUCUCUGUACGAAAAUACGACCUCUGACCCCAUGACAAAAUCUCCUCACAUUCGUUUCAUUCGAAUGCACGAGGAUUACGGAGUGAAACACUACACUGCUAAGCACCCUGAGAUAAGGCAGUUAGUGCAUGAUUUCAAGGCUGAGGUAGCAAAGGUCAAAGGUGAUCAGGAACAAGGAACUCCAGAAAGAAGAUGUGACAAUCGUGCUCUGGGGUCAUUCACUCGACACGUACAUCAGCACAAGGGCCCUAUCGCUCAUGUACGACCAGAAAGAUGGCACUCGACUCCCCGACUGUCUGAUACUUAAAGCUCCGUUCACGAAUACAUACGAUGCCGCGGACUGCUUUCCAUUGUCUAAGUAUUUCUAUCUGCUCUAUCCCUUCAUGAGGUCUCAAGUUCACAAGAAUAUCAAACAAUAUGACGAUGAGCUCAGGACUGAGAAGUAUCUGCCGACAAUAAAGGCUCCUGUUAUGAUUUUACAUGCUAAAGAUGAUCA